AAACGUUUUGACCGUCCAUCCCACUGGCAGGUCUGCGGCUGUGAGGCUAAACAACGACACUAUUGUACAACCAGAGAGGCUGCUGCUGCUGCGGAGCCCCACUUCACUACUACUAACAAACCUCCUGCAGAAAGUGAGUCGAUUUUCAGAUGUAAAAUACUCAUCUGGGUGAUACUUUUUGUCUGUUUGGGAGUCGUUCUCACAAGAGCUGAAGUCUGCGGAGGCCCACUGCAGCUCCUGAAGUAACAAGUCCAAGUUUUUGUGGUGGAAUAUUAACUUUAAGUCGGCUUUAAGAGCAUAAAUGAUCGAGGGUUUGCAUUCGUGCCUUCAGAGAGCAAAGCGGAGUGGGACGGACUUGGAUGUCAGUCAGGAGUUCCCGAUGCGGCAGUAAAGAGCCAAAAUCUCACAAAUAAAGCAAUAUGAAUAAGAAACUAUGUGGGACCAAUUACCCAGCCAGCAUCUGCUUCAUAGUGGUGAAUGAGUUCUGUGAACGAUUCUCCUACUAUGGCAUGAAAGCGGUGCUGACGCUCUACUUCCUCACUUACCUGCACUGGGACAAGAACCUCUCCACUGCUAUCUACCAUGCCUUCAGCAGCCUCUGCUACUUCACACCCAUACUGGGAGCUCUCAUCGCUGACUCCUGGCUUGGAAAAUUCAAGACCAUCGUCUACCUGUCCAUUGUCUAUGUGAUCGGCCAUGUGGUCAAGUCGGUUGGAGCCAUUCCCACUGUGGGAAACAGCGAUGUGCACAUCGCUCUGUCCAUGGUAGGGCUGAUACUCAUAGCCUUCGGCACAGGAGGAAUCAAACCCUGCGUGGCAGCAUUUGGAGGAGACCAGUUUGACGAGGAGCAUGUCAGCGAGAGGCAGAAAUUCUUCUCCAUUUUCUACAUGUCAAUCAACGCUGGGAGCCUCUUGUCGACUGUGAUUACUCCCGUACUGAGAGGUGAUGUGCAGUGUUUCGGUGGUGACUGCUAUGCUCUGGCCUUCGGGGUUCCUGCAGCUCUGAUGAUCGUGGCUUUAGUUGUGUUCAUUGCGGGCAGCGGGCUAUACAAGAGGAAUCCUCCCCAGGGAAACAUCCUAUUGGAAGUCUGCAAUUGCAUUGGGUUUGCCAUCAAAAACCGCUGGAAUAGAUCGAAGUAUGACCCUCAGAGGAAGCACUGGUUGGACUGGGCUGAGGAGAAAUACUCGAAGCGCCUGAUCCAGGAGAUUAAGAUGGUGCUGCGGGUUUUGGUGCUUUACAUUCCGCUGCCAAUGUUCUGGGCUCUGUUUGAUCAGCAGGGUUCCCGCUGGACACUUCAAGCCACGAGGAUGAACAUGGCUUUUGGAGAUUCCUUCGUUAUUAAGCCUGACCAAAUGCAGAUGUUGAACGCUCUGCUGAUUCUUCUCUUUGUGCCCAUCUUUGACCUCAUCAUAUAUCCGCUUGUUGGUCUUUGCAGAAUCAACAUCACGCCUCUAAGGAAAAUGGCCACAGGGAUGAUUUUUGCAGCGCUGGCCUUUGGAGCGGCCACACUGGUGGAGGUGAACGUUGUGAAAACUGUGGUGGAUCCUGCACCUGCGGGAAAGUGUCUCCUGCAGGUCUUUAACCUGGCAAGAGGUAAUGUCAGUCUGAAGAUCCCCGGCAGCGACACGUUUCCAGAGCCGAGCCAAUACCUUCAGGACCCUCCUGAAUAUGAGAUGCUUCCACUGGGGGCAUCUGACAAGGAAAUGAAGAUACAAGUCACCCUCAAUGGAAAUACCUCAGAGUGUAACCACAUGUUUCACGAAAAGAAGGCCUACAGUCUCAUUUUACACUCCGAAACUACUGGAAUCCAGUGCAAACUUGUGAACGACUACAUAGAGAAAAAUGAAGAUGGAAAUCCUCUUCUGAGGUUCCUCAACACACAGCCUGAGGCAUUAAACCUAACUGUUGGAGAUGUGACUUUCCGCAUGCCCUCUGGUUACAGCAUGUCUCCUAACAAGACUGUGGAUCGGGGAGAAUACCCAGAUGUCAGCUGCAGCUUACAGUCAGAGAAGUGCUCUAAUCUUGACCUGGGCCUGCUGGACUUUGGAGCUUCCUAUACUGUCAUACUCAUGGAGGAAUCAGGGAAAUUUGUGGCUCACAAGAUGGAGGAUGUAAAAGCAAACAACGUGCACAUUGCCUGGCAGAUCCCCCAGUACGUCCUCAUAACUAUUGGAGAGGUUAUGUUCUCCAUCACAGGCCUGGAGUUCUCCUACUCACAGGCUCCAGCCAACAUGAAGUCAGUCCUGCAGGCCGGCUGGCUGCUCACCGUCGCAUUUGGGAAUGUGAUAGUGCUGAUUGUGGCAGAGGGGGCAGGACUGGAACAGUGGAAAGAGUUCCUGCUGUUUGCCUGCCUGCUGUUGGGCGUCUUCAUUAUCUUCUCCGUCAUGGCUUACUUCUACACCUACGUUGACCCUGAUCAGCUGGACAAGGUUUACCUGGAGCAUUCAGGGAAGGAGGACGACGAUGACCAUGAUGCCAUGAAGAAAAAAACUAAAGACAUACACCUGAAGAAAACGGGGAAGAGCACCAGAUUGUAGCCAUGCCACAUUACAUACACUAUCUUCUUUGCUGUAGCUGAUUUGAUUUGGCCACAAAAGUUGAAGUAUUGGACGAGUUAUGAGAAGGAACCCUGUUUUAUUUCAGUUCCUGUUUUAUGUUUUCAUUUCAAGGUACUUUAUUGUGAUAAUGAAGCACUGCGGUUUGAUCAUUGGAUCUUGUGGUAAGAAGUCCAGUAUUUGUUUGUCAUAUCAUUUAGUUUAUUCUGUGAAAUGUGAAACUGUGUAACACUCCAGUCACUUCAAAAUUUUUAACCAGAACACAAAAAAGUCGUUUCUGAAUGAGACUGAAUACAUAAAAUAGUGUUUAAAAGAGGCUAAAUACUGUGAUUUCCCACACCAUGAUCAAUAGUCUUAUUACAAAUGAAUGUAUAACAAAUAUUAUACGCUGUAUAUAUUUGUUGAAUAUUAACUCCACGUCAAAAUGUAAUAUUUUCUAUGAUGUAUAAUAACCAUAACCUCUACUGCCUUUGACAGAGCACGUUGGAGAAAUAGUUAAUUUUACAUUGUGUGCCUAUAACAAUGAUAUUAAAGGACCAUAGUAACUGGUGGUUUUGUAUGUUACAGGCCAUUAAUUUAAAAUUCAGUAGAUAACAUUACCAUUAAGCGUUUUUCAAAAGUGUUUUAGACUGUGAAGAGUGUCCUCUUCAGUCUAAAACCAUUUAUAUGUUUAAGUUUAAUGCAUCACAAUGAACAUUUGUUGCCUUUAUUUUUUGUGAGUUACCUUAUUAUUAAUUGGUAGGGCAGUUGCACGCAGGGCUUGGUAUAAAAACUCUGCUUGUUGAGUCGAUAUCUGAGAUUUAGGAGGUAGCAUUAAUCUUUCCGUGCAGGAAACAACCAAAUUCAUAUUAUUCUUUUCACAAAGUUUUCUUAUUGUCGGCCUUCUGGGUUUGAUUUUCUGAUAUCACAGCUCAGUGCCAAAUUUCAGAUGGGAACACAUCACAUCAUCAAGGAAAUCAGUAGCUACUUGCACUACAAUCAAGAAAGAAUCACUCAGAUCUUUUUAUGUGCUAAAACAUGCAAAACCAACAGUAUGGUCCUUUAAAGUCAUACGACUUGAUGGAUUUAUUUUUUUUUAUUCAGGGAAUGUGUAAAUGCUGCUCCCUAUAAAGCUCUGUAUAUAGACAGUUGUGAUGCUGAAACUUGUCUUUAUGCUGUUUGAAAUAUUAAAGAUUAAAAUGUG